UUUUCUCUUGGCCUCUCAUUUCUCGAAGACGCCCUUCUCUCUUUCUCUCUCUCAUGGCUCUUCUGCUGUAGCCGUCGCCAAAAUAAUACUCAAAUUAACUUGCUUGAGUACAGACUACUCAUUGCAUCGACUCGACUUCCUAUAGUAGGGUUUCUAUUAAAGAUUUCAACUUAACAGAGAGAUGCAUGUGGUUACGCCUCCUACGCAGCGCACCGAUCCGUUAUCCGGAUCCACAAACGGGUCUGGUGAUCUCCGAAUUUACCAGACUUGGAAAGGAAGCAACAAAUUUUUUCUCCAGGGAAGGUUUAUAUUUGGGCCGGAUGUGAGGUCACUAGCGCUCAGUAUUUUCCUAAUUGUGGCUCCUGUCGCUGUGUUUUGUGUAUUUGUUGCUAGAAAGCUGGUGGAUGAUUUUUCGCAUCACUGGGGAAUAUCAAUAAUGGUUAUUGCUGUUGUUUUCACGUUUUACGAUUUAAUACUUCUCCUGCUAACUUCCGGAAGAGAUCCGGGUAUAAUUCCUCGUAAUGCACAUCCCCCAGAACCUGAAGGCUAUGAAGGGAAUGCAGAAGGUGCACAAACCCCCCAGUUACGUUUGCCACGAAUUAAGGAAGUUGAUGUGAAUGGGAUUACUGUGAAGAUUAAGUACUGCGACACCUGCAUGCUUUACAGACCUCCCCGCUGCUCCCACUGUUCAAUAUGCAAUAACUGUGUUGAGAGAUUUGAUCAUCACUGCCCUUGGGUUGGUCAGUGCAUUGGACUGAGGAAUUACCGGUUCUUCUUCAUGUUUGUGUUCUCGACGACUCUACUUUGUAUAUAUAUUUUUGGUUUCUGCUGGGUUUACAUUAAAAGGAUCAUGGAUUAUGAGGAGACAUCAAUAUGGAAAGCACUGAUCAAGACCCCUGCUUCCAUCGUACUAGUUGUCUACACCUUUAUAUCAGUUUGGUUUGUUGGUGGUCUCACUGCAUUUCAUCUGUAUCUCAUCAGUACAAAUCAGACGACAUAUGAGAACUUCAGAUAUAGAUAUGAUCGGCGUGCCAAUCCCUAUAACAAAGGAGUUAUUGAGAACUUCAAGGAGGUACUAUGCAGCCCUAAUCCUCCAUCUAAGAACAAGUUUAGGGCAAAGGUCCCCGCGGAAUCUGAUGUACCUGCCCGAACUGUCAGCGGGGGUUUCGUUAGUCCGAAUAUGGGGAAAGCUGCAGAUGAGAUUGAGAUGGGAAGGAAGGCAGUUUGGGGAGAUGUUGGUCCAGUGUUAGAUCAUCAUGAAGGGCGAUUUUCUGACAAUGAGGGCUUAAACAGCAAAGAUGGUGGGUUAGGUGAAAUGUCGCCAGAGAUAAGGACUACAGUAGAUGAGGGUGAUCGUGCUGGAAUACAUACUAGGCCAUCCAGUUGGAGAAGGAAAAGUGGAAGCUGGGAAAUGUCACCUGAGGUUCUGGCUUUGGCAUCUAGAAUGGGUGAACCAAACCGAACAGGUGGCGGUGGGAGCAGCAGCAUCUCUCGACCAUCAGAACCAAAAUUGUAACAAACGGUCUAGUUUUAUAUUCUGAAGAAUCCUUUUGUUGGUGUUGGCAUGAUGUUAAAGUCUGAUUUGUGAUGAUUAAACUUAUAGGGUGUUGUGCAAAUGCAGUAUGAGGGAUUUGCUUUGACGAUGUUUGAAGUGUUAAGAAGAAACAUUUGGGUGCUAUAUGGGGGUUGCUUUGUUAUUUCUUCAUAUUCUGCGUUGUAUGUUGGAAUUAGUUAGUGUUGAAAUAGUGGAUCCAAUGGGUUAAUUAAUUAC